AUGGGCAGCGCAUGGUUACUUGUAGGGGUAAUUUUUGUGUUGUCCCUAAUAGACACACACGCGUUUACAAUAAAUCGUUCAGACUUAGCUGAUUUAGACAGUCAAGAAAGUAUUAAAUUAGAAGUUAGACCCAAUGAUAUAGAAAUAACUAAGAAUGGUUUCCUUCACACAACUGAAACAAAUACUAAAGACGUUGAAUCAUUCCGAGAUGUAACCGCGAGUGAUAAUGAUGCAUCGCAAAGCUUUCCGGAAAUAAAUCCGGAAAACAUCGACACAACUGAUAAUAAUGAUGUGUAUAAUGGAGCAUCAACCAUUAAUGAUGAAAGCAAUUUUUCUAGGUAUAACGAAUAUACCCAUAUAUCAUAUAACCUAGCGUCAUCAGAAGCGAAUCAAGUACCAUCAUGGAAAAAGUAUACUCUUAUUAAUAGAAAAUCGUUAAGUGAAGAACUGUACGAUAAUGAUAAUACAACAGAAAUAGAGAGAAUGAAAACUGAUGAAACGAGUUUGCCUCGUCAAGAAUCUAAAUCGGAUAUACCAUCAUUAAAUCAAAUUAAGAACUUUCUAUUUCCGUCUUCAUUUUUUAAAUCAGAUGUUCAGAAUGACACGGCCACGAGUUCUGAGGUAACAGAACAAGUAACAAGUGAUAAAGAAGACUCUACGUUGAAAAUUACAUCAGAUAAAAGUGCCCCUGCUGCAGUAGAGUCGAAACGUGGUGGUUUUCUAGACUUCUCAUUAAAGUCCCUUUUUGAAGAUAAUAGUGACAAGAAAGACAACUCACAAGAAAACACCACAUCGAAACCGAAAGGCAGAAGAUUGAGUUGGCGUUUUGGAUCUAGGUACCGAGGUAAAGAAGAUAGCUCUGCAGAGAAAGAAAAAGAAAAAUCAAGAUUUCGCUUGAGAAAUAAGGAUCGAAAGAAGGACAACAACAACACGAAAGAAAGUAAGGAAAAUUCUAAAGAAGUAGAUUCACGAGAAGAAACAGAGAGAUUAAGUUCACAAGCUGUGACAGAUAUAAGUAGAGAAAUGAAGCAAAUUGACGAAGUGGGAACGAAGGUUGAUAGAAUUGAUGAAUCCAAAAUCAGUAGUGGAAAUAAAGAUAAAGCGGAGAGCAAAGAAGUUAAGCAACCACGUGUGGAAAACGUAAAUAAUAAUGUAAAAGAGCAAUUCGAAUUCACGCGAGUAAACGAUAGGUCAAAACAAAAAGAAGAAAGUGAUCGAACAGCAUAUACGAAAUCGACAACCGAUAUAGGUAUAUGGAAAACAGAGUCUACAGUGACAACUAGUCCAUAUUCGAAAGAUAGUAAAACAAGAAGCGAUGGAAAUAAGCUAAAAGAAGACAAUGACAAAUCAUCUUUGUAUCAAAAUAAUAGGGAAAAUAGCAAAGAAAGAAACAAAAGCGAUAAGGAGACCUACAAAAACGAAAAUAACAAGCAAAGAAAAGAGAAAAGUGACGACAGAGAAAUAAAAAGAAACGAAAAAUAUAAUUUAAAAAUUUUUGAUAAAAAAGAAAAAGAAGAGCCACUGAACUUAGAUGGUGAGCGUAACAAUAAAUCAAAAGAAUAUAUCUCCAAAAAUGAUAACAUUGAGACAAUUUCUGGUUAUCAGGAACAUGCAAAAACAUUCACAGAGACUAAAGUAAUUAAAGAACAGGAAUCCAACUCACAACUUAAUCUAAAACAAGAAGUUAAUAACGAACCCUUUAAUGAUUUUGAUACUGAUAAUAAAACAACUAAAUUACAAGAAUUUCCAAACAAUACUGAGCAAAAAACGCAAACUGGAGAAACCGGGAGUAUUCCAAAUGAUCAGAACUCUCAAAAACCUCUUAACAUAGAAUAUAUAAAACAAUAUUUAUCUACAAUUGAUGAGGAAGAAGAAAGCGAACCGCCUCCAUCUGCUGAUCACUUUGAAACUACGACGAUCGAGCCGAAGCUAUUAGAAAUGCAGAACAGUGUAACGGCUGGUUAUCCACCCGAUAUCUUGGAUACUACACCUUCCAUCUCGGAGCCCUAUGGUCCAUACAAAAUCCCUAAUCUCCUAAUAACCUUACCAAGUCCGAAAAAUAAAAGUGAAAAGUAUUACCCGUCUGUAGAAAAGAGUGACGAACAAUAUAGAUCACACGAGGGUAUGUACCAACAACUCGAGAGUACAACAGUGGAAAAUUCUAAUGAAAAUAUCGGAACAUUCGACGAUAAAAACUACAGCAGCAUUAACAAUAAUAAAGUAAAGCAAACUGAAGCAGUCGUACAAAUGCAUGAAGACGCCAGAAAAGAAGAACUUUUAAAGGAAGAAGUGAUUAAUAACUAUGAAGAGAACUUUGAACGAUAUAAAGAAAUAAAAACUACAACGCAAUCUAUCAUUCCAGUAAAAAUAUACGAAGUUAAUAAGAAACUCGACGACAAAGAAAACACUACGUUGAAUGAUGAAAAGUUAAGCGUCAAGCCCUUAAGUUUCCUCGACAAGUUGAAAACGACCAUUCUGUAUCCGGUUGGAGCUAAUUACAAAGCGCCAAAGAAAAUUGAGGUACAGCCUCCUAAGAUUUUCGUUAGGGACCCAGAUGAUAACAGUUGGCGAAAUGAGAGUCUCAGCUCACUUGGAAUCGUAUUCAAACCUAAGAACUCUUCUAAGCCUUUCACUCAAGUCUUAAAGAAUAAGACCGAGACGGAAUGGAAUAAUUUGAUUGAAAAACAAAAUAAAAACGAAACGCCCGAUUUGAGAGAGAGAUUAGAAAAAAUUGCCGAAAUUAGAAAAAAUAAGAAAAAGAAGACAGACGCCUAUGGAAACGUUAUCUACAAUGAUUACGAUGAAAUUAACUCGAAAGAAACGGAAUACUCAAAAGAUAUUCCAUCCUCUACAGUACCUGCUAUCAUACCACCUACAUCAACGACGACGGCACAGCCUCCUUCGGUAUAUACCAGUACACUCGAAACUGUCACUAAACCAGAACAACCAAGCGUUUCAAAAUCAACGGAAAAGCCAAAGCCAAAAAAGGUUUUUAACGUAGCCGAAUACUAUGACACGUCCGAUGAAGAUGACGCCGAUUAUCUAACGCUAGCUAAGAUAGAUCUCAAAAAAUUCACUGUGCCCGGAAAGAGUAACGGUUACGUCCCCCCCAGCUGGCCGGUGACAAACGUGAGAUAUGAAAAGCACCCCGACUAUGAUAGAAAGCCUACACUUCAAUAUUUCCCACCGCUAACGACACAAAAAGGCAUGUUCAAAGAUUACGACAAUGGUUUCCAAAAAAAGAUGGGCGUUUACACGGACACUGAGCCCCCGACCAACGUAUUGCCGGUUUCCUAUACGAAGCAUACAACAUCUUUGCCAAAAAUGAGCGAUACACACAUGUUCACUCCGCACUUUAGAAGUCCAGUCGAGCCAUUGACCACCAGAGCAAUGCAGUACGAAAAAGACGCCUAUAUGACGCAAGCUCCGGUCUCGCCCGGCGAAAGGGACGAAUACACCGUAGUAACGGACGACGGCAGCUACAACAGGGCGGCUGACGUCAUAAAACAUUACCGGGACUUCUUAAGCGCGGUCGCGAGGGACCAAGAGGAGGAUAAGAACGUAGAAUACGACCCCCCCUACACAGAAGGACCUCGCCAAGGCGUGACAAAGAGUGAAGUCAUGAUAAACCAAAAAUUCAAGGCUCAGGCGGAGGUCGAGAAUUACGACGAGGAAACGGAUUUCCGAAAAGACGUUCUUCAGAGAUUUGUCCAUAAUUUUAAUCAGAACAGCGAAAGGUUUAAAUCUGAUCUUCCGUUGCUGUACAACAACAGCAUCAUCCACGGGAGUCAUGGAGAAGGUAAGGAAGUUGCGUCUUCGAGGGCGUAUUUGAGCAGAAUGCUGACGCGACCUUCGGGCGAUUGCGACAACAAUUCCACUGUGGAGUUAUCGCCGGCCUAUGAGCUACACUACUACGUACCGGAACAAGAGGAAAAAGAGGAGGUGGACCCCAAAGCGGCGUCACAGCCUUAUCGAUACCGGUUAUAA